AUGAAAGAGGUCUGCGACAGACACGGCGCCUUGCUUAUCCUAGACGAGGUCAUGUCCGGAAUGGGUCGUACGGGAACGCUCCACGCGUGGGAGCAAGAAGGCGUUGUGCCCGACCUCCAGACAAUCGCAAAGGGCCUUGGGGCUGGCUAUGCGCCGGUUGCAGGCCUCUUAAUCAAUAAGCGGGUUGUCGACACCCUCACUAAGGGCACCGGAGCCUUCUCGCACAGUCAGACAUACUCGGGUCACCCCGUCUCCUGUGCAGCCGCCUACCGGGUGCAAAAGAUUAUCCAGGAGGAUAACCUCCUACCCAAUGUGCGCGAGAUGGGAGGUUACUUGGGCGAGCUUCUCCAUGAGAAGCUUGAUGCUCACCCGUAUGUCGGUGACAUCCGUGGCCGAGGAUUAUUCUGGGCUGUAAGUUGCCAGCAAAAUGUCUUCUAG